GCAUGCUCCCAAUUAUUGGAGAGUUUAAUUACUCGUCUAAUCUCAACUUGGGUAUGAGACCAUUUUUGUCUUGUACCACUUUUACUUGUCGUAUCGUAUCCUAGUUUUCCUUUAAGUUUUAAAUUACUAAAAUUUCACAAAGGUGAAAUUAGACUUCGAAGAAAAAUAUAUAAUAAACUUGAGAAUUUCCAAUAACCUGCGAUUUAUUCCUAAUAACUGAGGAUGUUAUUUUUACCACUUUUACGUGUACCCUCGUUUUCAUUUAAUUUUUAAAUUUCACAAUGAAUGAUGAAGAAUGAUGAAGAGUGAAUGAUGAAAUUAGACUUCAAGAACUAAUAAACUUGUGAGUUUCCAAUAAUGCUGAUUACUGAUUAUGCUCUUUUUUCAGUUUCUAGGUCAAAAUGAGAUCGCAAUCUUUACAAACGAUAGGCCUACGGGCUGCAAUUGUCCUGGUGGUAGCAAUUGUUGUGAGGACGACGCAAGGUGCCACCGAGUCGGUGAAAGCACAUCACAUUGCCAUUGAUGCCGAGCCGAGGUCAUCCUUCUCACCCACGGCGUCCUCCUCCCUGGCAGCCGCGCAAUCUAGGUCAGGUCAGUUGGUGUAUGCGCAGCCGCGCGAUGCAUAUGCGGGGUCAACCUCGUCGGGCGGGUAUUCCACCGUGGGUUCAGCUGGGGGUUCAGCAAGCUCCUCGUCGUACGGGGCACCGGCGUCGUCAAGUUCAUCGGGUGCGUAUGGAGCCCCAGGAAGUCAGAAUCCACAAGGUUCUAUGACCUACUAUUACUAUCACUACCCAGCAGCUGCCGGCGGUGGGGGGAAUGGGGGUUGGAGUGGGGGAGAAACUACGGGAUAUUCCGAUGAUGAAGGAUUUGAUGGUGGAUUAGGAUCUUUGGGAGGGCUUGGAGGCCUUGGCGGUUUGGCUGGACUUUUGGGGGUCAAGGGUUUGAAGGGAAUUGGAGGUUUAGGACUUUUGGCGUUGUUCAAGCUGUUCAAGCCUUUAUUGUUGCCACUGUUGCUCCCACUUUUGCUGUUGUUGCCUCUUCUCUUGUUGUUCAUCCCAAUUCCCGUCAUCACCAUUCCAACUGCUGGUGGAAGAACACUUGAACCCGUCGGAUUGGGUGCAUUCGUACAAGAGAAAGUUUACAAUACGGUCCAAGUGGCGCAAGACGUUCUCACCAGUGGACAAUGCAUAGAGAGGAUAAGUUGCGAGAUCAAUAAGCGAAGUCAUGGGACCUUUGUGGAGAAAUUGAUCACAGGCGUAUUCGAGAAAACGGAGGGCUACUUAUCUAAAAAGUGGCGUCGUGGAAUGCGCGCCUUCGUCGAUGCCAGCCAUCAAGCCGAAGGAUCCCCGAAAUGCUCGAAAUACUCGUGCGACCUGUACCGAGAGGUCACCUCGCGAAUGAGUUACAACAAUGAAGUCAACCCCAGCGCGAACGAAGCCAUUCCAGACUCUGAAAAGAUGUAAUUUAAAUACGACACGUUAAUUAACACACAAAAUCGACCUUACCUACAAUUACGAAACAAACAACAAAAAAGCCUUCACCAAAGUCACCUCACUCACUGAAAUAUAUACGUAUCAAACUUUUCGACUCUACACCCAAAUCAAGACUGACUCUAAAUAAAUAAAUAAGCGACGACGUCGACGUCCAAAUAGAAGUAGCAAAAAUCCGUAAAAGAGAGCAAACACACAUUAAUUUCCUGCGUAUCUACCCUGUCAUUACUUGAUGACAUAGAGAAAU